ACCGAGAUAGCGUGCGCGCGCUUUAAAUUACACGGGUCUAUGUCUGGAACGCCGUUUCUAAACACUGUCGUGAGGGGAUCAGUCGGGUUGUUCUAAUUCGACGCUAUGCAUCAACCGAAUUACCACGUUGCCGGCGAAUAGCAAUCAAAGCCAAUAGGAACGGACCAAUUGGAAAAAAACAUUUUCACGUAAUUCCUCGCUUAUUAAGGACUACAGCUGGGCUAGAAACAUGGCGGAUUGGAAUAGGGAUAAAACAGAAUCGUUGGAUAAAUGUAUGUUGGCGAUGAAGGAGGAUUUGGCUCCGUGGAUGUCGCGUAUAUCUGGCUCGGAGAUAACGGUAGAGACGCUAAUGGAAGAUCUCGACACAGGAGUGGUUUUGUGUAGGCUAGCUAACGUGAUUCAGUACACAGGAGAAGAAUUCCUUUACCGGCACCCGUUUAUUCCUCGUAAUACCUUUCCCCCUUGCGGAGUAACGUUCAAAGAGAGAACAGGUUUCCACGGCUCAUUUAUUGCCAGGGAUAAUGUGGCGAAUUUUAUUCGCUGGUGUCGAGAGUUGGGAGUAUCGGAUGUAAUAAUGUUUGAGACGGAAGACCUUGUUCUUCACAAGAACGAAAAAUCUGUUAUUUUAACCCUUAUGGAAAUGGCGCGCUUGAGCGUAAAAUUCGGACUUGAACCGCCGGAUUUGGUCCGAAUGGAAAACGAGAUAGAUGAAGAAAUAAAACAGCAACCAGAGGAGAUUACAGCGGAGCCGGUGAUUCGGUUACAGAGAAAGAAUAAAUCGCACAGCCUAGAUGAUUUGGUUUACCAAGUUUUAGAGCAGUGCACAUGCCCUGUGCGGUACCCGGUGUUCCGUGUCGGGGAAGGAAAAUACAGAGUGGGCGAGGCAAAGUCACUCAUAUUCGUCAGGGUCAUGCGCAAGCACGUGAUGGUUCGCGUUGGCGGAGGUUGGGAUACACUGGAGAGAUAUUUCGAGAAACAUGAUCCAUGUAAAAUAACAGAAAGACAGCGGAGAAACUCCGUCAGAUCUCCCCGAUCGCCGCGUAGUGGAAGCGAUGUGAUGGGCAGAUCGCCAAGCUCGAUGAGUUUAUCCAGUUCAGACAGCCACGAUUCGUGUGGCCUGCCUGUGUCCCACGGACGCGCCCAGUCAUGGAGUUCUCCCCAGAAUUCUUCCUCACAGCUCAAGAGUCCACGAGACCCCAUGAGACACAUUGCCAGUAGGUCUCCCUCCAGAAGCCCUUCACCUUCAAGUUCUCCAAGGCUACAGCCGCGUCAAAGACGAGGCACAAUAUCACGUGACACACCGCCGAGAACUAUCGAUACACAGGCCCGUGGGCGGCUGACAAGAAAAAGCAAAAGCAUGCAAGAAUUAAGCCUUAGUCCUUCUUAUUACAAACCAACUUCGUCAUCUAUUCGAAGGCAGAGUGUAACAGCAAGUGACAACGCAUUCAAGGGGGCAAGUGCUUCUGAACAAUCUCGCAGAAAAAGUGUUACGACCACUUCCCGAAAAUCAUCCAUUGCCGGGGCACAAGGUGAAUCUCCUAGUACCAGAAGUCGCCUUAGCCAGAGUGGCCCCGUUGGCUCUCAAAGGCCGAGGUCUGCUGGGGUGGGAGUGUCUAGGAGCGCCUCCUUCGGCUCCACACCGCGCACCUUGAUACCUGUAAUGGAACCUCGCUCUAAAACUAUGGUUAGCUCACAGCCAGCGAGAGAAACACAGCGACGGGGGUCCUCUGCCGUAAUUGGGAAAGCUGAGAAUAGGGAGGAAACACGAAAGAGGGAGCCUAGUGCCAAGCGCCGAUCAUCUUCAGUUGCAACCGAUGGAAAGGCUCGGUCACCUAGCUCACCUAAGCUUCCUCAGGGGUCAGUAGAAGAAAAACAGGAGAGGACUAGGAAGCUUAGUGUGACGAAGAUACCCAGCUCCCAGCACAAACCAGAUCAACAGGCCACCAGGAAAAUAUCGACAGGAAGUACACAUAGGACUUUACCAUCCACACCAAGAGAAAGGAAGCCUUCAACGGGGCGCGAGAGUGGCCUUCAAACUAAUGGCAUUAGAGCGAAUCCAAAAGGUGGGCAGGUGAAAGACAAAGGAAAACUUCACUCAACAUCGCCUUCUCCUCGAAAGAAGCUUACAAAUGCACCAGCCAUUAAAGAUUAUAAAGACGGAAGGGCGACGAAAAAGAUCACGGAAAGGAAACGAGAGGAUAAAAAGGAAAGGGAAGUUGAAGAUGCACGAGAUGAGAACGAUGGAAUUAAGGACGACCAGCUGAGUAUUACAGUAUUUAAGGGUAACGCCCUAGUUGUUAAUAAUGGUGAACUAGAUGGACAAGGUGAUAAUUCCAAUGAAAAUUUCGAGGCGAUCGAUGAAAGUUCUCUUUCAAUCGAUAUCUCUUCGCAGGAUGAAAGGUCUCCUGAAAAGCCUUCCAUGAAUGGAAGACGGAAAAUUUCGGAAUGUUCUUUCGAGACCGACAGUGAUGUCGCUAGUGAUCUUUUAAGCGACUUGACAGACGCUGAUUACGAUCUGAGGAGUCAGCGGUACUCAGGUCUCUCUGAAGCGUCAAGUGACCUCUCAUUUGGGGCUAGUCCUACCUCGAAAUUAUUUCACUCUGUAGACCUGGAACGAAAUACGGUAGAAACCACUAUGGAGCCACAGAACACGCGCUUAGGAAGCUCGCAGCAAUCACUGAGAGACUGUCUGUUGAAUUUGAAUCUGGAAGGCUCGGUGACUCCCACAAUGAAAAGGCGCAUUUUUGAGGUUGCUUCUGCAAAAAAUGCCAACGAAAAGCCUCCAGACAAAGUGGAAGAACCGUUGUCAAAACCUCAGGACAAAGCCAUGUUCUUUGAUGUUGAGAAAUCACGCAAUGACCGGUCUCCAGAUGAAGAAGACUCGACUAGUGGAUCUCCAAGACGGUGGUCACUUGUCCAGUCCCUUAUAAGUAGUAUUGAAAAACGAGGUUGUGACAAAAAUAAUUCUCCCAGAGGUAAAAGAAGUUUUGUAGCGGCUGGCAAAACUUCUUACGUCAUCAGUGCUGGCAAACACAAACUAGACGAAUCAAAGGUCGACGUGCAGACGGACAUGAGCAAUUGCCAGGUCCCUCUUGCUAGACCCCCAUCAUCUGACGAGCUUAUCAAGGGCGGUUCUACUGGAAAAGAUGAAAUAGAAACUGAAAAUUGCAUCCCCACACCUGAUGGGGAAAACAUUUCUCCCCGUGAUCCACUAGUGUAUGACGUCAACAAAAAUUUCUCGAACUCAAACUCCCACGGAAGCAAGAACAUCUUUACAAAUCCAGGACAGAUUCCGAGAGAGAAACCAUUCGAGAAUUUCAGUGUCAAAACGAGAAAGUCGUCAUCGACAUCAUCGUCGCGGGAGAAGAGAGGAAAGGAUAAAGAGAUGGAUACGUUUCCACGACCUCAGCGUCAGUUUACUCUCGAGGAAAUGAUCGCAGAUAUGCUUCCCGCUGACGGAGAGACAAAGGAGGCUGGGGACCAGCGUGUGUUGUCACCUGAGCCCCAGUUUCAAGCUUGGUUAUAGCUAUGUUUACUAUAAAGUUAUUUCCAAAAGGAUCUUUUCAACAGGUGGUGGGCCAAAGCUUACUUUUAAAACUAUUUGGUACAGAUGCUGUUGGCUUUGCGCACACAACUGUAAGCCUGACAAUACCAAGAAAUUCUCGUUUUCUUUUUUCGUGAGGAAUGAGGGAACGGAAGAGUUUUAGUCUCUUCUUGUCAGUUUCUAAUCUUGUCUGAAUUUGCAUGAAUUGCCCAUUAUUAUUGUCUAGGUUUGGGAAAGGCUUGAGAUCUUAAUUUUAAAGGCAUAAGCAGAGGUGUGGGUCCUCUAUAAGCUGCUUCGUAUGGUAAUUUAGGAACAAGACAGUAUUUUUAUCAUCAUAGAUUAUUUCUUGGCCAUAGCAGAGACUCACCCCCUCCCCCCACUUACCUAGCCGCGCCUUCAGAGUACCCUAGUAAAAAAAACUGGCGACUAAAGUAAUUUUCGGCAUUCAGAGAAAAUGUACGAUUCAACUCCGAACUUUUUUGAACGAAUUCAACAUUGCAUCAUGCUAAUAAUUUGUUUUAAUAAUCAAAAAACAAGUUCACAAUUUAACUGGCAAAAGGCAAAUAAGUUAUUAUUAUAACUGGCCGUGGAAAAUACGACAUAUGAAAUAUUUUUAUUUUUUAAAUUGCUGAUAGCUGGAGGUAACAAAUGUUUAAGGGUUUUACAAAAGUUUAUAAUUUUUAUCUUAUUUCUAUUUUUAAAGAGUGUAUUGCGCUUAUUGCAGUCUAAUCUAAUUGACGUUGAAAAUAGGAAGUUGCGUUUAUUUAUUUAUUAUGGGGAUAUAUCGUUUGGUUUUAAGAAUUUGACUAACGGCUGAUGUCAUUCACAUCCUUGCAUGCAUUUGAUGUGUAUAAACUCUUAGUGGUUUUUUUUUUUCUUUGCUCCUAGAAGAUUUCUCGAACCUGUUCCUGAAAAUACUAAUGCACAAAUUAAAAUGGCUUCAUAGUGUCA